AUGCCCGGCCUUGUGACCUAUCUACUGGGCACUCUCAGCGCGAUUUUAAUCGCCCGCCUGGUCCUCUCACUCGUUAAACGGCCCUCGCUGCCCCUACCGCCAGGACCGAGGCCUGCGCCCCUAAUCGGAAAUAUUAACCAGCUGCCCAAAACUCUCCAAUGGCUGGAGAUCUACCGCUGGAGCAAGAAGUAUGGCCCCGUUAUGCACCUCAGCAUGGGCGGGCAACCGCUCAUCGUCCUCUCCACCCACCAGGCCGCACACGAUCUCCUCAACCGUCGUAGCUCGCGCUACUCAGACCGCCCGCGCAUGGUAAUGGCAGGCGAGCUGGUGACUAAGGGCAUGCACAUGCUUAUCCGACCAUACAACGACCAGUACAAACUACACCAGAAGAUGGAGGCCCCGCUCCUAACCCUGCGCGCUGCGAGCAAGUAUCGCCCGCUACAGGAUCUCGAGUCACAACAACUGCUAUGGGACGUGCUAGGUGAGUGGGACAAGUUCGGUGAGAAGGGUGUAGACUUCCACCACCACUUCGAGCGCGCAAUGGCCAGCACCAUCUACUGUCUGAUCUACGGCUACCGGCUGAAAACGGGAUACGAGAAGGAGCUUAUGGAUGGGAAACGGGUGAUGGCAGAGUUUUCGAGAACGGGGAAGGUUGGGGAGUAUAUCGUCGACUCGUUCCCAUGGCUGAAUUACCUGCCCAAGUUUCUGGCACCGUGGAAGAAGGAGGGCGAGGAGCUAUUUGAGCUGGAGCGCCAGCUGCAUAUUGGAAACUUGAAGAAGGGGCUGAGUAACCGCAAGUGGAACUUUUCGAAAUAUAUGAAGGACUCGCCGGAGGCUGUCGGAAUGCCAGAGAUUGAGCUCGCGUUUGAUCUGGGGAUCCUUGCUGACGCUGGUUUGGAUACUUCGACUGUUGCGCUCGAUUGGUUUAUUGUUGCUUGGAUUACGUCGGGCUCGCGUGGAUGGGUGAAGAAGGCGCAGCAGCUGCUAGACGAGGUCGUCGGUAGGGACCGCCUACCUAGCUUUGAAGACCGUCCCAAGCUGGCCUAUAUCGACGCUAUUGCGAACGAGACCCUCCGCUGGCGCCCCGUCAGCGCCCAGGGCGUGCCACACUUCACCAAGACCGAGGAUGAGUACAUGGGCUACCACAUCCCCGCCAACUCAAUUGUCCUCCCUAACGCAUUCGCCAUCACCCGUGAUGAGACCAUCUUUGGUGAGGAUGUCGAUAACUUCAUCCCAGAGCGGUGGCUUGCGGAGGAUUCCGACAAGGAGCACAUCGACAUCUGCGGCCUUAACACAUCCGCCCUAAAGGACCUACCACAAACGGGCUUCGGGUUCGGGCGCAGAAUUUGUACGGGCCGUCUAAUCGCGCGCAACCAGCUGUUCAUCGAAAUGGCGCGCAUGCUUUGGUCGUUUGACGUCGAGGCUGGCGUUGUCGACGAGGCCACAGGCGCGAGAUACAAGGUCAAUGAUAUGGACUGCAGAGAUGGCUUUAUCACCCCGCCUAAGCUGUUUAGGUCUGUGAUGCGUCCGAGGGGGCGGUGGGUGCGUGAUGUGAUUCUGAAGGCGGGCACCACGCAUAACCUGGAUCACUCGACCAUUUUGGAGGCAGCAAAAUUUGAAAAGUCAUGA